CGAAUAUCGUGCUUUCAGUCCGCAUCUAGCGCAGAGCUAGACGUGUAUCAGCACGUCGUUAAACGUUCUUUGUAUCUUUAUCGCAUAGGAAACGAUACUUGCAAUUUAAUGGACGGAUAAGCCAAAUCUUGUAUAAGCUAAAACUCGUUAAGCAUGUUCGUCAAUAUAAUUUGUCAAAAAUAAAUAUUAAAAACAGUGUGAAGUAUAAGAAAUGCAUACGAUGGAUAAAUUGGUGUUAAUAGUGCUGUUUGUUUAUUCAGUGGUAUUUUUACAGUACUGCGAAGCUACUUCGACUCCAAAUCGGGGAUAUGUGUUCACAGCACCAAAAAGGUUGUUGGCCGGUGAGACCGAAAGCGGAUGUUUAUCUUUACAUAAUUUGGAAUUACCGGCUCAUGUUGUUCUUGAACUAGAGUCCUCGGUAGACGAUCAAAUAUUGGCUCGUACUAGCGCUGUUGUAAAAACAGGUACAGAAACAUGCCUGCAAUUGGCAGUACCUUCGCCUGCUUACAGUAGCGCAAGGCUUCGAUUAAAAAUCAAAUUCGACAAAUAUCCCGAUUAUGUGGUAGUAUCGGAAGCAGCUGUAGAAAUUGAGCUUGAUUCUUUGCUCACCUUCGUAGAAACCGAUAAACCAACUUACAAGCCUGGUCAAGAUGUCAAAAUUAGGAUUCUUACGCUUAUGCAUGAUUUGAAACCAUGGCAAAAAUCGAUUCCAGAAGUAUGGAUCGAAAGUCCAUCAUUAGUAAGGGUGGCGCAAUGGACGAACAUAAGCACGGAGAACGGGAUGGCUCAGUUGACAUUUCCUUUGUCUCCGGAACCAAGUUUGGGAACGUGGAGAAUAAAAGUAAUGAAGAAAAGACAAUAUCCUGAGUUGAUUCACACUACUCAGUUCGAAGUAGAAAAAUAUGUUCUACCAAGAUUCCAAAUAACUAUCAAUUCACCGCAGUAUAUCCUUGCAGAUGUGGAGAACGUGACUUGGAACAUCUGCGUCAAAUAUAGUUACGGUAAACCUGUGAAAGGUAAUCUAUUGCUAAAAUUAACUCCGCAAACACCAAGCUGGAGAAGACUACCCAAUCUUCCGGCAAUACGUUAUGAAACAGAACUCGAUAAACCAGACGGUUGUACAGAAUUUGUUCUCUCUGGAACGGUUCUUGGAUUGGCGCAUUGGAAAACUGAUCCGAACAAUAUUGUUCUUAUAGCGGAAUUCACAGAAGCCGGGACUGGUGUAGUAGAAACUACAAUUAGUCGAACCGUGGUGAUGCACGAAGCAUUGAAACUAAAAUAUGAAAAUUACACACCUAGAUACUUCAAGUUCGGUUUACCUUAUCAUGGAAAAUUACGAGUUUUACGACACGACGAUACGCCUGCCCCAAACGAAAAAAUUCAAAUUUGCCUGAAAGUACGUGGAAAAAUCGAAUGGGACAAAGAUGUUGUAGAAUGUCGUGAUUUUAUAUCAUCCACUGAUGGCUUCGUCGAUUUUGUCGUACCACCACAGCAUAAAAAUAUCGUUUUGUUAAGUUUCGUUGCUACCGCUGUUGAUUAUCCAACAACGUAUUACUCGCCAGAUCAACGUUGGAAAGUUUUGAUGAAUCAACCAUCAGCAUCUGUUACCGUGAACCCUUGGUAUUCUCCGUCCGAUAGUUACUUAACAGUAGCCAGAGGAAAUCAACCGAUUACGUGUGGCGAAAAAUAUUCUUUCAACGUUAUGUACACGAUAUCUCCUAACAUGAACGAAUCCAUUUCCUUCCAUUAUUCGAUCAAUUCGAAAGGAAGUAUUUUAAUAUAUGGCCACGUGAAACACAAGCCUAAUCGGGAUACAGUGUUGAAUUAUUCCGAAUUUCAUAAUUUAUUAGGUUCUAUUGCAUCUUCUACCAACAAAACGGAAGAAAAUGCUAUAGUACACAGGUUCCCUCUGAGCGUCAAAGUUACACCAAGCAUGGCUCCAGUCUCGGAAUUGUUACUUUAUUAUGUACGAUCAGAUGGUGAAAUUGUUGCAACCACUUAUACAAUCGAAGUUGGCCACUGUUUUGAGAAUAAAGUAAAAACUGCCUGGCACACUGAUGUUCAAACACCAGGAUCGACCACACAGUAUCACGUUGAAGCUGCUCCUGGAUCACUUUGUGGAAUUUCUGCUGUAGAUAAAUCGACCCUAUUCCUGGGUAAAUCGAAAUCUAAUUUGAUUAGUGCCACUCAAACUUUCGACCAGUUACGAAGAUUCCAUCCAACUCCAGAACCUCAUUUCCCAUCGGCGGUUCAUUGUAAAUCAAUGGCAUCGGAAGGAAUGAACGAAGAGAUUAAUCAUUUCCCACAGUUUGCCGAAUUGCGACAAAAGAGAAACGCAAAGUACAACAUAAUAUACAACAAAAGAGUUAACUAUGUAGACGCAGUACAAGCAUUCGUCGAUUUUGGAGUGAUUGUAAUGAGUGAUCUCAUAUUACAAACACGACCAUGCCCAUGGAUGUAUAUGGAACACACGGACUUUUACCGUGUAUUUACACAUAGUAUCAAGUCGUUCAAUUCAGCGGAGUUCGCAGUUGCUGCUGCGGCGAUGGAUCCAGGAGUAGGCUACGUUGACCAAAAUCCAUCUCAAACGGCCACACUUAGAUCAUAUUUUCCUGAAACAUGGUUGUGGGAAUUGGUGCCUACCGGAAAAGAAGGUAAAGUAACAAUAGAACGCACGCUUCCGCACACUAUCACCGAUUGGGUUGGAUAUACAACAUGUAUUUCGCCGGUCCACGGUCUUGGGAUAGCACCACCGACCAGCAUAACAGCAUUCCAAUUGUUUUUCCUCGAUUAUAGCUUGCCGUACAGCAUAAAACGCGGAGAAAUAAUCCGUUUCAAAGUGUCUCUUUUUAAUUACGUGCAUCACAGUUUACCGGUGAAAAUCAAAAUGGAGGAAGUCGAUGGAAUUGAUUUGCAUUUGUCACAUCCUACCGCCUCGUUUUGCGUAAAACCACGAGAUAGCAUUGUUCACCAAUACAUUCUGAAACCACGAGUAAUCGGAGAAGUUAACAUAACAGUUGCUGCUUUCAUAGACAUUGAUUACCCGGAACCAUGCGGCCCAGAGACUGUGGGAUUUACGCGGGACGUAAUCAUGAAACCGAUUCUAAUUCUACCCGAAGGUUUCCCCGUGGAAGAAACACAAUCUACGUUGAUUUGCCCGAAGGAUUUCAGCGAUGAUUCCGCGUUUAUAUGGGAAUUAACAUUGCCUGAAGACGCAAUACCAGACAGCGGAAGAGCGUACUUAAAUUUGAUAGGAGACAUCUUAGGUCCGGCUCUUGAGAAUUUAGAUAAACUUGUCCAGUUACCGAAAGGCUGCGGUGAACAAAAUAUGGUACGAUUCGUCCCAAAUAUCCACGUAAUUAAAUACCUGGAUGUGAUCGGAAUCGAUAACUUUGAACUUCGAGCGAAAGCUAUCAGAAACAUGGAGAAAGGAUAUCAAAGAGAGAUAACGUUCAAACACCUAGAUGGUUCUUAUUCCGCAUUUCAACAUAGCAAAAGUUCCAUAUGGCUAACUGCAUUCGUAUUAAAAUCAUUCGCCCAGGCUGCGAGUUUAAUUCAUAUCGACGAACAAGAUCUUAAGCUAUCUGUUAAUUGGAUUACGUCGCAACAGCUGGAGAAUGGUUGUUUUCCAGUAAUAGGUACUGUCUUCCACAAAGAAAUGAAGGGUGGUCUCCAAGAAUAUGAUAGUUCGUCGUCAGCUAUAACAGCAUAUAUCCUAAUUUCUUUGCUUGAAUCUAAUGUCCCUUUGUCACCGUCUGUUGUUAACAAUGCUCUUAAUUGUUUGGAAAAGGGAAUAACUAAUGGCCACGAUAAUUUAUAUACUAUGGUUCUUACUACAUAUGCAUUAGCAUUGUUAGAGCAUCCAAAAGCUAAUUCCAGCAUGAGAUCUCUGAUGAAUCUUGCUACACGCCACAAAAAUCUAGUUUGGUGGGAGGAUAAAACUAAACUUUCAGUUGGUCUAAGCAUCGAAAUGACUGCGUAUGUGAUUCUUACUUUACUGAAAUUAGGUGGUGAACAUUUAAUUGAAGCCUUGAAAGCUGUUCGCUGGAUAUCAAAGCAAAGAAACGCUGAGGGUGGAUUUACGUCUACUCAGGAUACGGUGCUUGGACUGGAAGCCCUUACAAAAUACGCUAUGACUAUACAUCAUGGUAAUACCGAUUUAUCUGUCCUCGUCACUGCUAAAGGGGUGGAUUAUGUCUACAAACUACAUAACGAAAACCGUGUAAUUCUUAAGCAAAUUCGUUUAGCUGUUCUACCAACUGUCGUAGAAAUCUUUGCUCAAGGCGAAGGGUGUGUUUUAGUGCAGAGUAAUCUGAAAUAUAAUGUCCCACACAGUACUGGUUCGGAUGCUUUCGAUCUUUCUGUUAGUGCCCGUUCUGUUACUUAUGGAAGCGAAUGUUCGUUGCAAGAAAUUACAGUCUGUAGUCGAUAUAAACUGGCAGAUGAGGAAAGUAACAUGGCUUUACUCGAAGUUGGAAUGAUAAGUGGCUAUGUACCUGAUCCAACGAGUCUUCAGUCGUUAUUAGAUCCAUCUUCAAAAGUGAAACGAUUCGAGGAAGAUCAAGAUAUUGUUACUAUUUAUUUCGAUAAAUUGACUGGGCAAAAGACUUGCAUCUCGUUUAAAAUAAUACAGGAAUAUUUUGUCGAUCAUCUCAAGCCAGCAAACGUGAGACUUUACGAUUACUAUCAGCAGGAACUUACCGUGUUCACUAAUUACACAAUUGCUUCGAUUUGUAGCAGCGCGAAACCGGUCGACGAGCAAACAACGCCAAAUCAACUGGCUACUAUGAAACAAUACAAAGAAUUUAAUACAAGUCCGGCGAAUUUCUCUUUCGUCGUCAUCAAUCAGGAGCUAGCAGUUCCAGAUGGAAUGGAGGGACCAGUCCCAGUUUAUAUGAAACCAAAUACCUAUGAUUACAAAACAGAAAUGGCUAUAACUACCAAUGGAUUAUCCGAUUUAACGUCGACAUUUUCACUGGAAAACCAAACUGUCCCAACUAUACAAGCGGAGGAUGAAGAAUCUACAGAGAUUGAACCGAAUAUUGAAAUAAAAAACACUACAAUAAUCACCGAGACGAAUAUUCCGUCGCCAACGGGAGAAAACCAAUCUUGUCCUGUAUGCAUGCAGUUACCGUCAAACAUUAGUGACAUUUAUUGUUCGGCAAGUAGCGCGGUUAAAGUAGCAGUUAGACGACUUCGUAAAGUGAGAUUGCUGCUGGACUUGCAUGCAUCCCGAGAAGUUCAACGUCUUCGUACAACGAUCGAGUUUACUUUAAGUCCGAAUUGCUCCUGUUCACAAUUAGAUAAUCCUGGAAAUUUAGCCUUAAUUAUAAACAAAGAUAAUGACUUUCUUGCAUCCGGAGAUCAGAAGCAAAUACUGAACGAUUCGUUUCAUAUAUAUGGUUUACCAAUGGUAAGCGGUGUGCCAUGUAAAUUGGCAGAGGCACGUGCCUCCUGCUUCAACGAAGAGAACAUUCAAUGCACGUAUGAAGAUCCCUUGAUUUAUGGUUAAAUUUAGCAUUUUUUUAUCUACUUUAAUGUUACACAAAAUGUUUGAAACCAAAUGUGUAAAUUUCUAUUACAAGGAUAUAAUACUAUAUUUUGUUUUUUUUUUUUUUUUUUUAACUAAACUAAUUUCGCGCAGAAUAUAUACACAAUUUCUUCUUUUAUCAUUUUCUUGUUUUCCUUUUUUUUUAUCUACAAGUAUGUCAAUUACAUAAUAUAUAAGUAAUCAUAGAAUAAGUUACGUAUGCACUAUGCCCACGUGAAAACAUAAACGAACAUCAUCAUCGCAAUUAGUUAUAUAUCAGGGAAUGAAAGGUUCCUUUGUUUUUAAACAGAUUGUGAAUAAAGUUUUCAGUAUAUAGUAAA